UUUAAUUAAUUCCGCAAUUUGGGGUUCUCACGCCGAAGGCUGGAGUGGGGGAUGGGUGCGCAUAGGUUCUGAGGCUGGCCCAAAUUGUGGGCGCCUCAGGCUAUGCAUUUUGUCUGUAGGUCCUUUGACAGCCUUAGAGCUUGGGUUUAACCUCUCUCAGGUGACAGGACGAGGCAGAUGACCUACGUUACAACAGACACAACCGACUUUUCCAAGUCCUUGUUUGUAUCGGCAUUUUUACACACUGAGAAUUGCUUAAGAUAAUCCUACCUUGCGUGGUGGUGUGUGUGCUUAAUUUCGAUAGUUAAAAUUGUUAGCUAUCUGUCCUUGGUUUAACUGCGGGAACCUUCAAUUUCCUUCCUUCCUCUGAAAACUCACUCUUACUGGUUUCUUGGGGCUAAAACCUGGGGCUGUAAGGAAAGUAGAGAACUCAAAAGACGGGAUUGUCGAUGAAGUGUUUUUUUUUGUUCAUGAGAAGAAAGAAUGGGUUGUCCAGAGGCAGGAUUUAUAGAGAUCAGGUCCUCAAAUACAGGUUCUAGCAGAAGAUUUGACUCAGGCCUUUGGGCGGGGUUCGCUAGCCUGCGGGUCCCGCCGCUAUGCAGCAGCAUCGUCAGGGCCCUCCACCAGCAUAAGCUGGGCACAGCUGCCUGGGCAUCACUACAGCAGGGUCUCCAGCAGUCUUUUUUGAACUCUCUGGCUUCUUACCGGAUAUUCCAAAAGGCUGCCCCUUUUGACAGGAGGGCCACAUCCCUGGCGUGGCACCCAACUCACCCCAGCACCCUGGCUGUGGGCUCCAAAGGGGGAGAUAUCUUGCUCUGGAACUUUGGCAUAAAGGACAAACCUACCUUCAUUAAAGGGAUUGGAGCUGGAGGGAGCAUCACUGGGAUGAAGUUUAACCCUCUCAAUACCAACCAGUUUUUCACCUCCUCAAUGGAGGGAACGACUAGGCUGCAAGAUUUUAAAGGCAACACUCUCCGAGUUUUUGCCAGCUCAGACACCUGCAACGUCUGGUUCUGCAGCUUGGACGUAUCUGUCAAAAGCCGAGUGGUGGUCACGGGAGACAAUGUGGGGCACGUGAUCCUGCUGAACAUGGAUGGCAGGGAGCUUUGGAAUCUGAGAAUGCACAAAAAGAAGGUGACCCAUGUGGCCCUGAACCCGUGCUGUGACUGGCUCCUGGCCACAGCCUCCGUAGAUCAAACGGUGAAAAUCUGGGACCUGCGCCAGGUUAGAGGGAAAUCCAGCUUCCUCCACUCGCUGCCGCACAGGCAUCCUGUCAACGCAGCUCACUUCAGUCCCGAUGGAGCCCAGCUCCUGACCACUGACCAGAAAAGUGAGAUCCGGGUUUACUCUGCUUGCCAGUGGGACUGCCCGCCAAGCCUGAUCCCACAUCCUCACCGCCACUUCCAGCACCUGACGCCCAUCAAGGCAAGCUGGCAUCCUCGGUACAACCUCAUUGUCGUGGGCCGAUACCCAGAUCCUAAUUUCAAAAGUUGUUCCCCCCAUGAAUUAAGGACGAUCGAUGUGUUUGAUGGAAGCUCAGGAAAGAUCAUGUAUCAGCUGUAUGACCCAGAAUCUUCUGGUAUCAUGUCGGUGAGGCCUGGGCCCUCAAAUAAUAAAUGGGAGGAGGCAGGGAUUCAACCUCAUGGAUCAAAAAUGACCAAUUACUCCUCACAUGCCCUUCUUCUGCUACCUCCACUUCCUCCUCAUACUCAUCCCCUUGUCUCUGCAGCUCAAUGAAUUCAAUCCCAUGGGGGACACGCUGGCCUCCGUGAUGGGUGAGUGUACAUGAGGCCGGUCAAGCCCAGCCUACUCCCCAAGGUUCAGUGCAGGCUCACCCCAGCUUAGCAUUGCUCCAGCCACCCCCAGGAUAUAGUCAGUGAAGAUGGCAACCAGGAGCCCACGGUCUCUUUGGACCGAGGGCCGUCCUUCUCGCUGAGUCUUAGCCACAGCAAUGCCUGGCUGCUGCCCAGAUUCCUGGUGUCUCCUGACCAAGUGCCAGGUUCCCCACGCCAGCUCCAAGUUCUCAGAGGCUGGUGAUGGAAGGUGCCUCUGGUCUCACUCUUCCUAGGUUAUCACAUUCUCGUUUGGAGCCCGGAGGAUGCUGGGACUCAGAAAUGAGAGACGUUAAUGAAGCGGGGGCCAAGCAGGGGCUUGGAGCCCCACGAGAACAAGUUCUUUGACGAGAGGCGGCUUCGUGUUAAAGGGCCGAGGUAUCGGAGUCCCAGCGUUGGAGCUGGGGCACUGGGACCGUGACAUGGGGACUGGACACGCGCGUGGGCUGAGCUCCAGGAACUCCAGAGUUGGCAGACUUGCUGUGCCAAGGGCCUCUGCUGUACGUGGCCUGGAGCCGAGCUUCUCUCCUUUCUCCUCUCUGACACUCAGUGCUCAGGUAGUGGUUUUUGAUCUGUGCUCGCUAUUCACACAGCCAAUAAAACAUACCCAGUGA